CGGGCGAUGUUGCAACGGCAAUGGAGCCCACAAAAGGCUCCCGCCGUCCGGUAUCGGCGGCACAUAGAGCUGAGCUAGAACUGAGGUGGGUACAGGGAUUCACCAAAAGGAAACUUGGCUUUGUGAACAACAGGACUAUCUGUUACCCUUGUGGGAAUUAUAUCAUUUUUAUCAACAUUGAAACAAAGGAGCGAGCAGUCUUACGGUGCCGAAAUGGAAGCAUAGGAGCCUUUGCAGUGAACAGGAACCAGGGAAUAAUAGCUUUUUCCGACCGGCAACUGAAACCUACAAUCCAUGUCUACGCUUUUCCAGGACUAGCAAAACAAGCUAAAUUAAAAGGACAGGCUAGCUUGGACUAUUCCUUGCUUGCGUUAAGUCAUGCAGGCUCUUACCUGGCCAGUUACUCCUCAGUUCCAGAAUUUUUCCUUUCAGUAUGGGACUGGAGCAAAAAAAUUCUAUUGUGCAGUCAGUCACAGCCAGGAGUAGAUGUGACUGCAAUGAGUUUUAAUCCGAUGAGCUGGCACCAGUUGUGUUUGCAUAGUGGAACCUCUGUUACUCUGUGGAAUAUUGAAAGAAGUGAUAAUGAACACCUUUUGAAAUCAAAGCCAGUCAGUCUCCCUGCUCAAGAUGGAUCUACAAUGUAUGAGCAAAAUACCUUUUUCUCCUGUCCGAAUACUCAAGAUCCUUAUUUUGGUCCUGUGCUGCCUAUUUCAGCUGUUGCUGGCCUCAUAGGGGAUGAAGCAGAAACAUUUAAACCUAAAGAUGAUACUCAGCCUACAGUUCAUCCUACUGUCCACUGCUGGACUCCAACCUCUGACUUAUAUAUGGGCUGUGAAGAGGGAUAUUUUUUGAAAAUUGGUGCAGACACAUUCAAGGCUAUUACUGUCCACCAGAAACUUUCACCAGAUGCUAAAGCAAAACGACGUGCAACUUUUCGGUCAGUGUCCCACUCUCCUGGGAAAGCUGAAGGUGUUGAAUGUUCUGAAGCUCAAAAUGUGGUCCUUUUUGCUAUGGCACUACACAAGGAUGGACUGUAUGCAGCUGGAAACGAUGGUGUUGUUCGUUGCUAUCAAAUCAAAGGCACACAAUUUACUAUAGAAGAUUGCCUGGAAGUGGAGCAGCCCAUAACAAAUCUCUUAUUUUCCCCUGACUAUACUUACUUAUUAGUUGAAACAGAGAAAGGAUCUCUCUAUGUCUUUAAUCCUAAUGGCAAUGAAGAUGUGCUCCAGUUCCUGGAUGCAAGUGAAGGUCAAUUCCUUGGGGUUGAUUUUAUUGUACCAGGAUCCAAGCACUGGGUGUCUGUAGCAGAGUCAGGGGAGAUGCAUAUUUGGCAGACAGAGGAUGGAACUUGUAUCAGCAAGAUAUCUCUACACACCCUGGCCACAGCGAUGGCUUGCAGUUUGUCCUCUCACUGUGUGACAGUGGGAACUAAAGGAGGCCACAUCUUCUUCAUAGAUGUUACGAAUGUUGAACUUCCUAAGGUGAUUCAUCGGGUUCUACUUACUGAACGUCCUGUGCAAUUGUUGCAUUACGAACAGAGUGGUCGAUUUCUUAUAACGGGAACUUCAAAUGGUUAUAUCUUUAUUUUAAGUGCCCUGCCUUCAAAGUUAUUUCAAGUUCUUGGAUACAUAGAGUUAUCCCAUGAGAUUAUUGACUUGACUUCACUCUAUGAUGUAGAGAAAGAUGUAUCUGAAGUUAUUGCACUCCUUUGUCCACCAGAGACCAAAAGAGCAAGAACGGAAGUGUUCAGCCUUCCUACAAAAAUCAUCUUGGAUAAUGAGGAAUGUAUCAAUGAAAGGGGGUUGUUGAAGGACCAGGUCAUUCGAAAGCAUACCUAUGACUAUGAGUUCCCUCUGAGUUCUGUGGUCAAACGGAAGGACACCACUGUGUAUGGCUAUGCUAGCCAAGCCCCUUUCAUCUGUAAAUACCAUUUUGCUUCAAAGAUAAGCUGGAAAGAUUCACCAAUUGUUAAAUCAGAGAAGAGGAUACCAAGCAAACAGUUUGGAAGAGCAUUCCUGCAUUUGUCACCCCAUGGCAAGUGGCUGGCUUCAGUAGCUGAAAGUGGAAUAUUAAUUAUCCAUGAUGCUGGGACUAUGGACAUUCUAGCUCGUGAGCACUGUCAUUCGUAUCAUGAACAUGGAAUCAGGUCACUGGCAUUCUCACUGGAUGGUCAAUUUAUACUCGUCAGUGGUUUGGAUGGAGCAGUUGUUUUGCUGAAAUGGAAGAAGAUCAGUGAGCGCAAACUGAAGGAUGCAGUUGACUUUGGGAAUUAUCUUCUUGGCAGAUUAAACAACUAUAUUUUCCAGGAAAACACAUUUCUAAGGAAGAUGCCAGAAUGGGCAAUGAUAUUUGAAAGGAGAUUAGAGUCUGCGCUCUUUCAAAGUGAUUCUCAGAUAAAGUUUAAGAAGGGAUCAACUGUGGAAAUUGAAGAGGAGAGUGAAUAUUUCCUUCUGACUCAAGAAAAAUCUUCUGAGCCAACGUGGUUAGAUCAGAAAGCAGAGAAGGCUAUCAAGGCAGAAACUGCCAAGUUUGCCGAUAAGAGAAAAGAAGUGAAACAUGGAAUUAAAAAGCUCCGUAAAAAGAUCCAGGAAAUGAUGUAUGAAAAUGCAAAGGCACCUAAAAUUGAGAAACUGGACCAACAGGAAUUCAACCUGGACACAGAAGAACAAGAGAGGCAACAAAUAGAAAGUGGAAAAGAAGUGGCACGGGUAAGGAAGGAUAUAGAGAUGGAAAAUCUAGCCAAUGCCUAUUUACGUGAAAUCAUCAAAGAAGAUUGCUGGGAUGCUAUGUCUGUUAAAGGUCGCUCAGUUAGGAGCUUCCACUCAUCAUGUGAAGCACAGAAUUAUCCUAUGAAAGAACGGACUCCUGAAGAACUGGCCUUCUUGGAGAAAAUUCAGCAUAUGAAGAAGAUUGAAAAGGCAGAUCUGAAGCUUCGAAGAGAAAUUGUUGAUUUCGAGUCUCACAUUCCAGUCUCUAAAGAGGAAGGGGAGAAGGCAGAAGAAGGAGAGAAACGGGAUGAAGAAACAAUGAAUGCUCUGGAAGGGAGCUUGAGUUCCCACUUUGGUGCAGAUACAUCUGUUUUAUAUCCUCAAAUGGAAAUGCACACUCGGGAAGAGAAAAUUAAUCAGAUUGUAUUAUUACGGGACAUUAUUUAUAGUGUGAAAACUGCUUUUAAUAAGGAAUUUGACUCAGUUGCUCGAAUGAAGGAGUUGGAGAUUGCACGUGUUAAGGAAAGAAAUGCGAGGAUCUCUGAGAUCCUGAACCAGCUGGAGAUCCAGGAAGAGAUCUGGGAGGCAACUUUAACAGAUAAUGAGAAACCAGAUCGAGAUCUAAAAGUCCUAGACUCAGAGAUCAAAGUAGAGAAGUACUUGACUCCACUCCAGAAAGCAAAGGAAAAAAUUAUGGCCAGGAUUAAUUAUAAAAGACGUCUUGCUGCCCAGGGGGACAAUGCAAGAGAACGUGGACUUAUGGACAUGAUGAAUGGAGUCCUUGAGAUCAAAAAGGAAGACAUUUUAAAGAUGGAGAUUCCACCACCUCCUUUUGCAUCAAAACCAGAGGCUCUCUGGAAUGAAGAUGAGAAAAAAGUAUAUAAAGAAUAUGAAAAAAAAGUGAAGGAACUAAAUGAAGAAAGAGAGAAACACCGAAAGAUUCUAGAAACUGAGUUGAGAAAACUUCAAAGCUCUGUUCAGGAAACAACACAAACAUUUGAUGAAAUUAUGAACAGGCUGUUUGAGAAAAAAGUCAAGUCAGAAAUGGUUAUAUAUCAGGAAGAACUCAAAAUAACCAACCUUCUGUACUCAUUGCUUUUGGAUGAAGAACUGAGCACAAGAGAAGCUGGGCUCAAUCAUUAUCUUGAAAAAAAGAGGAAAGAAAAGAUGUUGACUAGUGAUGCAGUCAAGGCAGCCAGGGCACAAGUGGAUGCUUACAGAGAGGCCUAUGACAUCUUAGUUGCUGAAGACAAACUCAUGGAACGUGGCUUUAGAAAGGAAUUUUCUGAUGUUCCAGCUCAUUAUGUUGAUCAACUAUCCAAACUUUACAAACGUCGGCCUAGGGCUCAGAGGGCAAAGGUUGUACAGGACACCAGUAACCCUUAUGGAGAUCGGCCAGGCUCUGCCAAAGCACUGCAGGAUGCUUAUGCCCAAUUAAUGAAAGGAAUCGAUGAAAUGGAUGAAUUUGGAAACAAACCAGAGGGCCUUGACUAUUCCAUCUGGGACCGUUUCUGUAUGUCUAGACGGACCAAAGUAGAAAGUGAGCAACAGAUUAAACAGAAAGCACUGACACUUGCAGAGAUGCAGACUUUCCUUCAGAAGAGGAUAGAGGAUGAUGAGAAAGUACGGAAAGACAUUGAGCAAAUCUUCACAGAACUUAAUCUGCUUCGAGAGAUGAAGAUGAAAUUUCAAUUAGAUCUGAUGGUCCAGUUUCUUUUAAAACAAGGCCAAGUGGAGCUAGACAGUAGCAAUUUAAUACCCGAUUACACAGAUGCUAUUCUUAUCAACAGGAGCAUCAUUGAGGAACUGAACAGCACUAUCCGGGCUCAGGGAGAAAGGAAAGUUGCCAGCAUGGUGGAAAGCAAAGAUUUUCGGAAAGGGAUAUUUCAGCUGGAAUGGGAGCAUAAAAAAAUUCAGAUGCAGAUUGAUGAUCUCAACCAAAAGGCCCGAGAUAUUCAAAAACUGAAUGUAACAAAGGAUCGCCAACUUUUCUUAACGGUGCUAAAUUAUGACAGCCGAAUUAAUCGUGAGGUUUCGGUGAUGGAGGCAACACUUAUUUUUCUAGAUAAGGUUCAUAAGAAAAAUGUGCAACAACGGGAAAAACUUAUCAUGGAGCUGGAGAAGCAAAUUGAUCAGAAAAAGGCAGCAAACCUGAAAGUCAGCAAGGAGAUACGAGAAAUGCUUGUUUCCGUGUCAGAAAGGCGACAUAUUUUUGAGGCUUCUGACUCAGAACUACUCAAACAAAAGAUUCAUAAAGAACAUUAUGAAGACAUUUUACAGCGACAGCAACUUGUGGAUCUUGCCAAAGCACAGGCUCAGGAGCUGUCCAUCCUUCAGGCUGAAGUGGAGAGACUGAGAAUGAGAACAUUCCCCGCUUUCUUUGAUGUGCAAGAAUAUUAGUAAGGUGGUGCUCU